AUGACCGCCCUCUUCAACUUCCAGUCCCUCCUCCUCGUCAUCCUCCUCCUCGUCUGCACGUGCGCAUACGUCCACCAGCUCAUACCUGCCAUCAUGGACCGGAACAAGGAUGGCUUCAUGGGCAUCUUUUGGAAGUUCGCUAGAGUAGGCGAGCGGUUAAGCCCAUACAUUAGCUUGUGUUGCGUUGUCAUGGCGGCAAGUCCUCUCCUUAAACCGUCCACCGAGACCCUGCUAACGACGGAUGUUCAGGUUUCCAUGCUCAUCAACUAA